UCGAAAUUCGAAUCACACUGUACCUAUUCUUUUGAAAGAUGAAAAAAAGAAACAACAAUGUAAUGUGGCCAAUCUGUUGAAAUGUUAAACAGAUCGUUUCGUCGCUACCAAGAACUCUUCAUUGUUAUUUACCCCGACUGACUUGUAUAUUUUUACCUAAAGCCCGAAGAUUUCGUAUGUGUGAAGAAGUCAGACGUCAAUUUGCUUUUUUGUUCGCUCGGAGUCAGACUAGUUUCAGUUUUCUGUAAGGGAAGUUAAUGUUUAGGAAAUCUUCGACCAAAGUGUACGUUCGUGUUCGUUUCAAGAGGUGAAUAAAGGUGUAGUGCGAAUUCGUUAAGAUGAAAUUGACGUUAUUUUAUACCCUGUUUGUGACCAUUUCGUCGGUCUCUUGUGGGACCCGAAUUAUGAAAAAUUUCAUCGUAUUCCUAAACGGUAACAAUCUAGCAGGAGUCGACGAAGAAAUAUUGACCAACUUGAUCGCGUCACCGGUUUUAAAAACCUCACCAGAGAAAAACAUUUUAUUAAAUUACUCGGUGAAAUUCCCAUACCUAGAAGAUCCGAUAAAUAUUCCAUUAUCAGAAAACCCCAGCAUUGAUCACUUCCGGCGAUUGAUUCGAGACCACAGCCUUGACGUAAAUGUACUCCCAUUAACUCUGUUGAAUCUACUAGUCAAAAAAAGUCCACAAUUUUCUGAUAUUUUGAUGAUUACCAACGCUCAACCGGAAAAUAUCGCAAAUUCAUUGCCAGAUACCCUCGACAUAAUGCGAAAGAAAAUGAUCAAGGUUGUAGUAAGGACCUUUGAUUCUUUGAAAAAUACUGAUAAAGAUGCUACGGAUUUAUACAACUCCGUACAAUUGAGCAACAUCACCGACUCGUAUCACAAAAUUAAUAAAUUAACUAAAACCAUCAAAAGCGAAAUGGUUUUUACCAAUGUACUCAAACGAAUGCUGAUAAAUGACGAAAACAAGCCCACUCGUAAUGCAACCAUCACAAUCAUCAACGGAAUGGCAUUUUACAAGCAACUUCCAGUAUGGGAUUAUGCUCUACAAAUUGGAAUAUUUUUAUCCGAAUUCAAUCGAUCUCAAGUAUUCAGUUAUAACGGUCAAGUCAUGUGGAUCGACGAUUUCUCAGUCAUGCAUGUAUUUGAAAAUGAUUAUGUCGUGAAAAUAGACCUUAAAGCAGAAUACAUUCCAGGAUCUUACAUCGAUAUUUUGACAGAACAUUGUAAAAACGAAGGUAUUCGUAAUCAAAUCGAUACUGUAAUGGAAAAAUACAUCAGACGUCAUCCGGGUAACCAAGAUCAAAAAAUUCUAAACGAAAUCUGGCACACGGAAGCAGCCAAGAUUAAAUUCCCAUUGAAAAGUUUAAUAAAAGCUUUAAUCGAAAGUUCGCCGAGAUCAGUAAUUUACGUUUUAACCGACGUCCAUCCUACAAAUACCGAUUUAAUCACACCAAUUAUGAGAUUGAUGCGAGAGAAGAAUAUCACUGUUUUCGUGACGUAUUACGGAGAUAAAUCAAAACCUGAUCCAGAAGAGUACGUAGAGAUUAAUAAAGCUAGUACAGAGGCGCUUUGAUUUUCAUCCGCAAGAGUUACAUUACCUAUAGAUUUUAAGUUACCUACGUAAAUGAUGUAUUUAGCAUUAGUGACCUGAGUUACAUUAACAUGAGAUAUUAUUUAUGUCCUUGUAUAAGGUUCCAUUCACUUCUUUAGUUCUUUAAGCGGUAUACUUAGCACUUAAAAAUAUUGCUUACGAACAAAAUGUAAAUAAUUUGUGAAUAUUAUAACGUAUGAUAAUAAUUAUAGAACUUGAUUUUUUAAACAUAUUUUUUAAAAAAAUCGUUACUCGA